AUGGACGACUCGGACUACUACCAGCUGAUCGGCGUGGACCGGAACGCCACGCUGCACGAGAUCAGGUCCAAGUUCCGCGCCAAGGUGCUGGCGGAGCAUCCGGACAAGGGCGGGGACCCCAAGAAGUUCCAGCUGCUCAACAAGGCGUACAACGUGCUGACGGACACGGAGAAGAGGCGGAGGUACGACAAGACCGGGCGCGCCGAGAAGACGGCGGAGGAGGAGUUUGUGGAAGGCUUCGCAGGCGGGAGACAUCACUUCGAGCCCAGAAGCAAGGAACAGGACGAGAAGGCCAUUGUCAGCUUGCAGGAUCGCAUCGUCUCUGGCAGCCAAUCCCAUGAGGAGGGUUUUGCUGAGUGGCUUCGUCAAAGAGACCAACAGGCCAUGGUGCUGACUGACAAAGACUUCAUGAAGACACACCUCUUCAAUGCUUCCGAGCUGGCAACUAAGAUCAAUCACCCUGGCCCAGUUCAGCAUGUGCUUGGGUCUCCCAAGACCGAUGCUUAUGGUCAGGCUCUGGGAGGAGCUGUGCAGGUGCAGGUCAAGCCGCGACCUUUGAAGAAGACCAUCGAUCAUGACGAGGUUUUGGUUCGGAUGCUUGCGGUGCCGGUUGACGACUCUAUGGUCUACGCGGAUCUGAAGAAAACUGGGGUCUGCCUUGGGAUGACGGGUGUGGGAAGAGUGGAGCAGGCGGGCACCCGAGUGGAGGACCUGAAGCCGGAGCAAGGCGUCAUCGUGCUGCCGAAGCCCUCCAAGUUCUCCUCCGCCCACCCCAUCGGCACAGCCCGAACGCUGAUCACCUGCAGCGAGGAGGACCUGCUGCAGAUCCCUGCAGAGAUCUUGGAGGAGCUGACGCCGGAGCAGAUCUGCCUGACACCGACCAUCGUGUGUGCCUACACCGUGCUCGAGCAGUUUGGCUCCAAGCUGAAGCCCGGGGACUCUGUCUUGCUGAACGCAGCGCACCUGUCUGCCUCGGGCUCCGCCCUGCUGCAGCUGUGCAAGCUGCUGAAGCUGAAGCCCCUCUGCAUGCUGUCCCUGCCCGGGUCCCCGAAGAUCCUGGCGAAGGGCGAGUACGGCUCCAAGGCCUCCUGGGCCGAGGUGGAGACGCGCGCGCAGGCGCCGGCCGCUCUGCGCCAGCAGUACGAGCGGAUCAGCGAGCUCUUGGUGCAGAUGGGAGCGGAGGAAGUCUUCCCAGAUGCCGUGGCUCUGCUGCAAUGGCGGGACCGGAACCAGAGGAUGCUGCCCAAACUGGCCCUGGACGGCAUCGCCACACGGGACUCCUGUGAGCAGCUCAUCCACUGCUUGCAGUCCGGCGACAAGGACGCACAGAUUGUUGUAUAUGGCCACGGAGUAGCUCAACCUCUCGAGAUCUCCCCGCCAUUGCUGGCAGCGUGGGGUGGCCGCAUUGUCGGCUUCAACAUUGCCAGAUGGGUGCACUCCUUAUCAGCCAACGCCAAGAAGAUGAUGGCAGUCAUGGAAAACGUCACUAAGUUGGUCCGGGCCAACAAAUUCGUGCUUGACACCGUGAUCUACAAAGUCGGCGAGGAUGCCAUCAGCGAUGCGUUCUCCCGAGCUGCCGAUGCAGCCGACAACACCCAGGUGGUCCUCAGCUUCCCCACUUUGCAAGAAGAGAUGUCCCUGUCUGCCAUGGAGCAGAGGGCAGAGAAGGAGAAGCAGGCGAAGGUCAAGGAAGAGGAGGCGGCCAAGAAAAGGGAGGAGGAGGAACGGGACAAGCUGAAGUCCGAUUGGCUGAACCUGCUCUUCACGGACCAAAGCGUGGCUGCCAUGAGCCCAGAGGGACCGCUGCCCACCGUGUUUGAGGGAGGCAACACCAGCUCGCCAUCUGCGCUGCUCGUUUGGAUUGGCGAGGAUCCAAAGGCGGAGGCUGCAGCUGUUCGGGAGAUUGCUGCUCAAGCUGGCAACGCGGCGUUCGUUUCCCUGGCCUGGUCGGAACAUCAGGCUGGCGAGGCAUUUGUGGAGUUUUCGCUCAAGGCACCAGAAGUCGUGGAUGGCUCAUUCUACCUCCGGAAUCGUGCUGGCUUUGAGAACCAGGACUUGGAUUUGUUGCACGAUGUGGAGCUUCUGGGUCGUUCCUUGGGAGAAACCAUCGAGCCAAAGCUGGGAGAGCUUGGAUUGGACUGGGACAAGGUCGUGAUCCUCGGCUUCGGCAAGGGUGCCGGCAUUGCCCUCUACGCGUCGCUGCUGAACAUCUUCCCGAAGCAGGUGUCUUCCCUGGUGCUAUUCAGCCCCAUCGUCCUUUUCCCCUCUUUCCUCGCCCAGAAGAUGGAGGCGCUGCGAAAGGCGACCACAGGGAAGAUGAAGGUCUUCACAGUCUGGGGAAAUCGCAACAGGUCUACGCCGGGCACCUACCGGCAGCUGCUGGCGCAGACUUUGAAAAAGGCGAAAGACGUGCACUGCACGCCGGACACCAUGCCAGAUGCUGACCACUCCUUCGAUGGAAAGAGUGUGGGCGUGCUCACAUCCAUGUUGCCCUUGUGCCUCCCACGAUGUGAGAACAUACUCCUGGAGCCCAAAGAGUCUGGCUCAGGCACCUUGCUCCUGGAAAAGAGCCAAGCCUUGUCGCUGGCCACACAAUUUGGCCAUUGCGUGUUGGUGCCCUCUCAGGACCUGGCCUUGGCGUCCGGAGUCUUGAUCGACGCCGGCAACGCCGUGGGGCAUCCCGUGGGGCAUCAAGCUGAUCAGCCAGGCGAUGGGGCCGAUGGGGCCUGGGUGUGUGUUGGCCCCAACGAUCCCGAGCCACGCUUGGAUGACUUGAAGGCAACCCACUUCCGAUUGGAGGCACACCUAAAGUCCGGCCGUUCUGUCUUCGUGGAGAUGGCGUGCCGUGACGGCGCACCACAGGCCUGUGCUGGAGAGCUUCCAGCGACGGGCUCUGUGAUUAGCCUCGGCCCCAAGGCCUCCGUGGCCUCCAAGACCUCCAAGGCCUCCAAGGACUUCGCACCGGGCCGCUGGGUGAGGCUGUCCCAAAAGUGCACGGCCGUGCUGGAACUCUGUGGAGACUUGCGCGGAUACUGGAUCUUUUUCGGAGGCAAGCCGCAGGCUGCUCAGCCCAAGGCAUUGUGCCGCGCAGUACAAGUCUUCGAGCCGCAGCGCAGCAGCUUGGCGGAAAGAGAGCGUUGCUUCCUGCACGACGCUGUGGUGGGCAAGGCCAAUCACCGGGGCUUCACUGGACUCACAGUACUGCACCGGGCCUGGGCGCCAGAGGCCGCAGGCUUGCCCUUGCAAUCUUCCGGCAUCAAGGUUUACAGGGAGGACGAGGUGGUCGUGCAGCGCCUUGCAGAUGCCGAGUUGCGCUGGAGGAUCCUGAUGAUGGAUGAGGAUCCCUUCACAGGUGACGAGAGCGAGUCUCCGAGGCCGGAAGCAGAGGCAGAGGACGUGCCUGAGAACUCUCAGGUUACUACGAAGACUUUGAAGCGCCCUGUGCCUGCCGCAGAGAGCGAUGCCAAACGCAGGAAGGACGGUGCCUCGGGCGAGGAGCGGGCCAAAGAGAAGGAGAAGGAACGAGAGAAGGCACGAGAGAAGGACAAGGAGAGGCAGAAAGCAAAGGAGCGAGAGGAAAGACAACGCCUUCAGGUGGAACGACUUCAGAAGGAACGCCAGAGGGAUCGGGAACGAGCCCGGGAGAGGGAGCCCGCAAGAACUGGCGACCGCGACAAGGAGUGGGAGGUGGAGCGCGCACGGGAACGACAGAAGGCUCGAGAGCGCCGAGACGGGGAGCGCGAAGAGCGUGAGAGGAAAGAGCUGGGCCGGGAGAAAGACCGCAAGAGGGAGAAGCCGCAGGAGCCAAAGAAGCACCUGGAAAGGAGCCAUGCAUUUGACAAGCAAGCCACAGCGGAGAUGCCGAUGGUUGGCGGCUACCGAAACUUGGGGCAGACGCUCCCUGCUGGCGCGACGGCUUUGCUGGCCGCUGCAGUGAACCAGGCGCGGAUCGAGCUGAACCCAGAAGUGGAGACCUUCCUUUCGAUGAACACAGUAGAGGCUCAUGCUGCGAGCAAGCUCCGAACCUUGCCGCGAAAGCUGCAACGCCAAGUUCUUGACAGAGGCUCCUUAAUGGGUGCCCGUGAUCCGUCGGCAGUCUUGAUUUCUCGGGUGCGUGACGCGAUGAUGUCCUCAGCGCAAAGUUUGCCAUCGAUGCCCAUGGUGACCAUGACCUUACCCAACGGCCAGCAGGUGCACCCAGCAGCGGAGGCGCUGAUCCUGCGCCAUGGCCUGGACGCGCAGUGCGCGCAGCAGCUGCGGCAGCUGCCGCUGCAAUUGCAGGCGGUGGCCGCAGAGCUGCCGGUACACGAAGCCCGGAACCCCUCGGCCUUCGUCAUGGCUCAGCUGCAGCUGCCGAAGUUUAAGCAAGCCGCCAGGGCCAUGUGCGGGUCUCAGCGCAAGCAAGUUCUCAGUGAAGUGCAUGUGAGCGGAGGCCUGGUUGUGGAGUUGAAACACAGCUACACUGCGCUACUGCGCUGCUGCGCUACUGCGCUGGCGCAGGCACCUGCUCUGCCACAUCCGGAGGUCGAAGAGGACGAUGACGACGUGGACGGGCCUGGCGUCAGGACGCUGGAGAUGGGAGUUCUGAUGCAGGGGUACGUUUACAGGGCAGCAGUAGAUCUACCUUCGAACGGCCAAUUAGUGGAGGUGGUGGGGCCUCUCCCUGCCGGCAUUGAAAUCCUGGUGAAGGAUGAGGGCAGUCCAGAGCAUCCUGCAGCCUUGUGGGUGGAGGCGGAGCUGAAGCAGCUGGGCGUUUUCUAUCACGGCCUGAUUGUCAGAAUUGCUGGCGGCGAGUUUGCAGAGGUGGUAGUGAAUCUGAAGGCAUGUGUCAUGGGUCCCAGAGAAGGGCGCCCUUCCAAGGUUUACCACAACGUGGAACUCAUAAGAGCAUUGGCUCGGGAGGAGGUCCAAGACAACUCCGAGGGCAGCGCGUUCAGAAGAGCGGCGCAGCUCAUGGCCGAGGAUGAUGAAGACGACGGAUAA